AUGGAAUCGCCAAAGUCCGUCACACCUAUUCCUCCCCCUGGACGCACCGCUUCUACCAGAUCCCGAAGCAGCUCGAAACUGGAAGAUGUCGCUUCCCUCACUUCCUUUAACCCAUUUGCGGAGGAAGACGAACAUGACAAUUCUUCUUAUGCAAUAGUCUCCUCUAUCUUUUCCAAAGUAAAGAACACUUUGGCCGCGCCAUUAACCUCCGCCACCUCCUCCACCCCUGCCCCGUCCUCGAGCAAUGCAAACGCCCCACAGAAUGGCUCUGCUCCUGAGCUUCGACGGCCGUCUAUACCAACAUCCAGCUCAAAUAUAUCCAAUAAGUCCAAUGCGGAGCGCAGGAACCCCCUACCCACUUUUAACACCAAGACCCUAGCGCAGCCUACAGUGUCGGCGACGCCAGCCAUCUCAGAGCCUCCUCCUGCGUUCGGCGAACUUGAGAGAACACCUUCACAAGGAGCUUCCGUAUACUCUCCCGAUGGCAACGAUAACUCUGGCUACGGGACAUUCAUCCCUGGCUUCCCCAUGCCCGACAGUGACGCACGUAGCAUUCGAACGACUGCCAGUAUGAAUAAUAUCAAGAGAACCGCGUCUGUGUCCAAGGUGAUACGUAAACUACGUGGAGAAGGACUUUCUCGUGAUUACUGGAUGGACGACGAACUGUGCAAGGAAUGCUAUGACUGCAAGAGUGUGUUCACCGCUUGGCGAAGGAAACACCACUGCCGUAUAUGCGGGCAAGUCUACUGCUCAAGAUGUGCCUCUCAUAUUAUCAAAGGCCACCGUUUCGGACAGGAUGGCGCUAUACGUGUAUGCAACUUGUGUCUCGAUAAGCUGCAGACUGUUGGCGAGGAUGAGGACGACUCGCGCUCAAUUUCAUCGACUACUUCCCCAUUCGCCGCGCACCAGCUGGGUACUGACGCGAGAUUUAUCAAUCUAGCACAUCUUCCUCAGUCCCCUUUCGCUGCCUCUCAAUUAUUCGGGCGUAAUGAUUCGUUUAGUCUCUUCUCGAUUGCCGAGACGAAGCGUCCGUAUGCAGGCUCGGAUGACAGCGGUUUGGGGUCGAGGUCCGGGACCCCGGAUUUAGGCGACCUUCCCCAGCACGUUCCUUUCCGCCGUACUCUGACAGAAGAGGAGAAAGAGCCUGCGUCAGAGACUGAACAAGCUGAAGCCGACCAACCCCCUCUCGCCAACGUCUUGAAGACGCCUGUAGAAUUUCCUGUUACCGUCCCUGUCGCCCUGAGUGGUUCUUCCAGCACUAUCGCAUUCCCUGUUAGCUCGCCGGACCAGGGAUCCGGCUUCGACAGCCCUGGAGGAAUAAGAUCACGCUAUAAUUCCUUCGCCGAGCUACAUGGACCGUCCUUCGUCCGUAGCCGGGUUCAUAGUCGCUUGGGUGAAAUCGAGGCCGGUGAAGCAGGCUGGCGAACGCGGCGGGAAAGCACUGCGUAUGCGCAGGAGCUCAAUACCAUCUCCAUGUUCCAUCUGCGUAUUAUGCUACGGCAGAUGCUGACCACCGAGAAUAUACCCAAUAUUCGAGAAUGGGAGGAGACACUCCUGAAGCUUGCGCUGCGUAUCGCACGAGAAUUGACCUUCGCCGCUCAACCACAUCGCCAAGGGGCUGACAUGGACGUCCGGCGCUAUGUGAAAAUCAAGAAGAUACCUGGCGGUUCUCCCAAGAAUUCCGAAUACGUCGAUGGUGCGGUCAUUACGAAGAACGUAGCUCAUAGGAACAUGUCGCAAAAGCAGCGUAAUCCCCGAAUCAUGCUCGUUACUUUCCCUCUCGAAUUUCACCGUAUCGAAGGGCAGUACGUUCAUUUCGGCCAGAUCCUAUUGCAAGAAAAGGACUACCUGGGGAAUCUCGCGAGUCGGAUAGCGGCGCUCCGCCCGCACGUCGUUCUGGUGGAGAAGUCCGUGUCGAGGCUGGUCCUUGAUGCGCUUGCUGAUCGUAAAAUUGCCGUUGCGCGAGCGGUAAAACCCAGUGCUAUCCAGUUCGUCUCUCGGAUGACACAGUGCGAUGUUUUCUCCUCGAUGGACAAACUCGCCUUGGAACCUCGUCUCGGACAUUGCGCAAACUUCCAGAUCCAGACCUUCGACCAUCCACUUAUUCCCGGUCGCCGGAAAACCUACAUGCGUUUCGAGGGGUGCAAUAGGGAGAUGGGCUGCACUAUCAUCCUUCGCGGCGGCGAUAUCGACGUUCUGAAGCGCGUGAAAAAGGUCACUCGCUUCCUCGCUUUCAUAGUACGGAAUCUUCGUCUGGAGACGCACCUUUGGAAGGACUCGGUCAUCACUCUGCCUGCGUUAUCGAGGACGGCGACUCCUUCCGCUGCCGUCACGUCAAUCGCGGACGUCUUGUCUCCGACCAAGACCAGUUCCCCCUUAACUCAAGAAGAAGCCUUCACGCAGGUCGACUCUCCUUCGCCCGAUGGGGAGGAUCUCCAAGGUGAAGAAGCGGAGCAAAGACGCCUGUCUAAGCGCAUCCAGGAAUCCCUGGAGCCGUACGAGAAGACGUUUAUUUCAGUGUCUGCUACCCUUCGCUUCCCACCUCCCUAUCCUAUCAGGCGUAUGAAAGAGCUUGACGACGAGCUACGCCGGGUAAAGCAGGAAUGGGAGGAUGAUCUAGUACGACGCGAAGAGCAGCCCUCUCGUGCUGGUCACCACCAAGAGGAGACGGCCACUCAGCAAUCUGUUCCGGGCGUAGUUAUACCAGCAGCUGUGGAUACCAGCGAUCUUGUCGCCCAGAUAGACUCCUUGCAGGUACCGGACAUGUCCCGAACUCCUACUCCUGGAAUCCUGCCCCCUUCAGAGCCUGAUUACUUCACUCUCCCUCGCGCGCCUUCGUUAUCAUCCUCGAUGCCUUCCUCAAUGGUUUCUUCACCUGCACCAAUUAUCGUUGAGGAGCAGCCCAUCAAACCCAGGUCUGCUGAGGAUAUCGCACUCGAAAGUCGUCUCAGUUAUGUUAAAUGGCAGCAUGAGGAGCAGCGUCGAAUCUGGGAAUGGUACCUCCGCAAAAACAAGGACGAUUUCGAUGUCGAGAAGUAUCAGUGUAUCAGCAUGUGGGAAUUCACAAUACCGAUCGCCGAGUACGGUCUACACCGCGCUUGCUUCGCGCCCCAGUUGCACUAUACCACCUUCUACGGAAACAAUGACUGCACACUCGGUCAGUUUAUCGAGAAAUCCGUCCGGGAGACCUUGAUCAAGUUCCUCGACCCGAAGGCGAUCUGCGGGGGUAAUCGCUGCGGUCAGCCAAUUGCUCGCCACUGCAGGGUCUACGUCCAUAACGAGUCGCGUUUGUUUGUCGCUGUCGAACAGUGGGACGGCCAGAUCAAUGACCCUAUGGGCUAUCAUGCGCAUGCAUCCCCCGAGAGCAUCAUUACUUGGAGUGCAUGUCGAGUAUGUGGCUCCGCGACCCCCUUCAUCCCUGUCUCGGAGGAGAUGCAGAGGUAUUCCUUCGCGAAAUUCCUCGAAUUGCACUUCUAUCCAGCCGAUGUCCAACUCGUGCAAGGUGCAGGCUGUCAGCACAACAUCUACCGGCACCAUAUCCGUUACUUUGCCAACCAGGGAAUGACCGUCCGCUUCCAAGCAGACCCAAUCAUCAUGCACGAGAUCGUUUACCCACCCAUGCGCAUCCGUGUUCGACCAGAGGCUCAGCUUGAAAUCAAGAACAGGGACUUUGAGAGGCUACACCACAGAAACAACGUGUGGUACUCUGCUCUCAUUGACGAUCUGAAGCUGAUCAACAUCGACGCUGCUACUGGAGAUGAGGAAGCCGACGCUAUGUUAACCACGCAGAUCAAUGCUCUUAUCCUUCGCGCCGAGGCGGAAAAAAACGAGGUCACGACGUUCAUCAACAAGGUUUACACGGACUCAUCACCCACGGACACAUUAGCUCUCAAUCAAGUGCGCGCGAGGCGGCAGGAUCUCAUCGUUGCCUGGCAGGCUGACUUCGAUAAGCUGCCGAAGCCGAGACUUACGCAGUUGACCGAUAAAAAUGUCAGGCGGCUCUCAGCGUUUGAUUCUGUGCGCGCCAUAUGGCCUCGCAGAGAACUGGAGUUCCUCCACGGCCCUUCGGCCAACAUCUCGGAGACCGAAGACUACGGCGGUCGGACGAUGAGGAGGGUCACCGGCGACUCAUUCAUUUCGUCUGCGUCCGAAGCGUCGGAAACUGAGUCCAUCACUGAAGAGCCAGUCCCUCAAUGUGAGGCGGAACCGAGCCCCAUGUUGGUCACACCCGCCACAGAGCCAGGCCCGGAUGUGGCACCCAUGUCGCCCAAGUCUGAGCCGGAGAGCGACUCGACUAUCGGUGCGCCAGCGGGCGAUCGCAGUGCUCCAGAAAACGCCUCUUUCCAUCCAGUAUGCCUGUCUUUUACUUCUGCCAUGUCAGAGCUGUUGACCUCUGCGCAGGAUGCGCCUGAUGCUGCGAAGCCUGAGGUGGACGAAGAGUCACACACUGGCGAACGUUUAUCGCAUAUUAUAUCGCGACUACCUAGGCGAACAACACAGCACCCCAGCGUCGCUGAACUGGUCAAGAGAUACCAGGAGUACCUUCCCCCGCAGGGUGUCGAGGAACUGGCUAAGACUGCUCUACAACCGACAAAUCCGAUAUCUGAGAGCGAGCAAGAGACAUCCCGUGAGAUUUCUGCACAUUCACGCGUCAGAGGCAAGAGGAGUCAGCAAUUCCUUACGAGGAAGUCGUCGAUGUCCGACUUCGAAUACGGCUAUGCUGCCAACAUUGCCCCAAAGUAUCUCACGCACACCAGAAGGACCGCUGGCCAUACACAGCACACGAGCCGCAUCCCAAGUCUCAUGAUCGGUUCGUUCGAAUCCCGCACAGCAUCUCGUCGUUCAUCGCCAGAUAAGCGUCCUACUUUCUCCCGCAUGCACACCGACGCAACGAUCAGAGGCGGCCGAGUGUCUCCGCCUCCGGGUAAACAGAGUUCCACUGGUCCAUUCAUCCCUAAGAACAAGGGGAAGGGAACGCUUCGUGCUGUACCAUCCAGGGAUCGGCUGCUUGUGUCUCGCCCAACAGCCAGUUCAGGUGCUAAGUCAACGACCAAGCGGACUAAUGCGCCAGGGAGCAAGGUAUCUAACAUUGCGAAGCACUUCGAACGCAUGAACCGUGACAACGAACGCUCCAGUCGUCGGUACGCCGUCAUUCGGGGACGCAGAGCUCGCCCGGUUGCGACCGCACGCGCGAGGGUGGAGAUCCUCGAGAGCAUUAAGGAUGCAAUAAAGGAUGAGGAGUCUGACGAUUCCGGCCACAGCGAAGCGGACGACGAAGGCGGAGGAGAUGAAGAUGAGAUCGGCUUGGACGAGAGAUCUCCAAAGAACUCGCUUUCACCUCCACUUGGUAGUAUCGACGCCGGACAAGGUUCAGGACAAGAAACUGCUCUUGCUGCAGGGUCGGAUGGGGCGUCGGGACAGGAGCAGCUGGCCAUUGUCCUAGUCGCUCCCGAGCAGGACAAGUUGGCUGAGCCCCCCACCCCUGAUGCCCAGAUUAUCAACUCUGCACCGCCAUCGCCUGCUAUGCCACCUAUCCCGAGUACGCCUGCGAUGUCUCCUCCCGAGCUGGACCUAGCAGGCGCUGCAGGCGAGCGUACCUCGAUCCUGAAGACCCUUGCCGGUUUCUGGCCGCAGCAGACACAAGCCACUCGUCAGCCCAAUGACGAUGACCCCAUGUCUGAUCCUGAGCAUAUCUUCCGUGAUUCGUCCAUGGUGGUCAGAACUGACGAGCCCACCUCGAUUAUUGCUCUCGCGCUGAACUCUCCCCAAUACCGGGAUAUGUUAACGAAGUCUCGUGCGGAGAAGCGUCAGGCCCGAGAGCCAAAGCUGACCGAUGGAGGCGAAGCCUUUAUGCCGGACGAUCACUCAGUCGCAGAUUCAACAUCUACCUGGGGGGUGGUCAAUGUCGACUCCACCGACGACGCAGAUCCCACGGAGGAACUACGCGUUCCAUCGUCGAAGUACCCUUGGGCCAUCUCCUUCGAAAGCGGUGGUCUUACCAUCAGCUGCACUGUGCUUUUCGCCGAACAGUUUGACGCACUGCGUAGAACGUAUGACUGCGAGAAGAGUCUCAUCGAAUCCCUCGCUAGACCCUUGGCAAAUGAUCGCUUCAUUGCCAAAGAGCUCUCAAGAGCGGAGCUUCAAGCGAUGGAGACGUUUGCGCCCGCGUACUUUGAUUAUAUGUCCUCGGCUGUAGUCGCUCAUCGUCCGACUCUUCUUGCUAAAAUCUUUGGUUGCUACAAAAUCAGCUUCAGGAAGACGCAUAAGGACAAGGGAAUCAAGUCAAAGCCCACCCAGAUGAACUUGCUCGUAAUGGAGAACCUCUUCUACGACCGCCGGUUCUCGAAGAUCUAUGACCUCAAAGGGUCUACGAGAAACCGUCAUGUUCGGUCCACUGGUCGGGAGAAUGAGGUGCUUCUGGACGAAAAUUUGGUUGAGACUGCGCACCUCGCGCCUUUCUACUUACGGGAACACUCAAAACGCAUCCUUCGGGGAGCCCUCUACAACGAUAGCAGAUUCCUUGCCGACAUCAACGUGAUGGACUAUUCGUUGGUUGUCGGGGUCGACAGCACCAACAACGAGUUGGUUGUGGGCAUUGUUGACUACAUUCGCACGUACACUUGGGAUAAGAAGCUCGAGAGCUGGGUUAAGGACUCAGCUUUCCUCGGCGGUGCGAACAGGGGAGAACCAACGAUCGUAGGCCCCAAGCAAUACAGACAACGUUUCCUGAGUGCCAUGGAGAGGUAUUUCCCUUUGGUCCCCGAUCGUUGGAUGAAGCAGCACGACGCCCCCGAAGAAGAGGGCAACAAUCUUUUGGAGCUCUGGCCGGACUGGUGA